AUGUCAGACCUGAAAAGCCAACUAACCUCUGCGCUAGACUCCCUGACCAAGUGCCAGACCCGUAUGGACGAGAUAAACGGCAAGCUCACAGACACGGAACGUCGCCUGCAGGCUUUGGAAGACCAGCAAUCCCAAAAUGUGCGCAUUAAAGCUACGUUACAGGACCUUGAAAACAAAUACAACAUUCAAGCACAACUAGCUUUAAGAAACGACGUAGAAAUCAUAGGAUGCCCAGAAACUAAAAAUGAAAAUUUACAUCAUACUAUGAUGACCAUAGCCACGAAGAUUGGUGCCAGCGUAUCAGACAUCGACAUCGACUACGUUUCAAGAGGGGGCCCCAAGAGGAAACAGUCUAGCAACGAGUCCAAUCAAUUACCACGACCAGUGAUUGUGCGCUUUGCCCGCAGAAAGGUUCGGGAUGACUUUAUAGCCAAAUCAAAAAUCCGGCGAAAUUUGGAUACUACGGAUAUUAUCACGGAAGGUACUCCACAGAAGUUAUACAUUAACGAACGACUAACUCGCGAAAACCGUCAGUUAUUUCGAAUCGCCAGAGAGCGGGCGGGCCAGGCAAAUUUUAAAUACUGUUGGACACGAGGCGGGUUUAUCUACGCACGAAAGAGAGACGGCGCGGACGCCAUCAACAUUAUCAACUACGACUGCAUUGACCGCGUUUUUGGACCUGCACAACAGCCUGAACCUGCCUCUGAGGGCUUCCCUGCUAUGUAA